AUGAAUCGUUAUCCUAAUAUUUUAGGAGGGAUCCUCAAUAUUGAGGAAGAAGAUGAUGAUCAAUUAGAUAUGCUGUAUGAUUCAGCCAAAAGGUCAGAAGGAUCUAAUCGUGGACGGGUAAGAAGGCAUCGUGGUUCUGUUCCAGGCCGUAGAACAAUUAAUCGUGGUAGAGUUGAAGGCCACGAAAGACUCUAUCAUGACUAUUUUGCAACCCCUUGUGUAUAUGAAAGGUUUUUUCGAAGGAGAUUCCGAAUGAGUCGUCAUCUUUUUCUUCGAAUUGCAAAUGAAGUUGAACAACACGAUCCAUAUUUCAUCCAAACAACAGAUGCUGUUGGAGUUCUUGGUUUGUCAUCCCUUCAGAAGAUAACAGCUGCUUACAGAAUUCUUGCUUACAGAACACCGGCAGAUUCUGUGGAUGAAUAUAUCAGAAUUGGAGAAAGUACUGCCAUACUUAGUCUAAGAAGGUUUGUGAAAGCUGUUAUUGCAGUGUUUGGCGACCAUUACUUGAGGCCACCAAACAAUAACGAUAUUACUCGAUUGCUACAGAUAGGGGAACAACGUGGCUUUCCCGGCAUGUUAGGGAGUAUUGAUUGCAUGCAUUGGAAGUGGAAAAAUUGUCCAACCGCAUGGCAAGCAAAUGGUCAUGCUCCUCCAGUAAACUAUACAAUUAAUGGCCAUGAGUAUACAAUGGGAUAUUAUCUAGCUGAUGGUAUUUAUCCAAACUGGUCGACAUUUGUAAAAACAAUUCCCUGCCCACAAGGUUUGAAGAAAAAACAUUUUGCUAAAGCACAAGAGUCGGCAAGAAAAGAUGUAGAGCGGGCAUUUGGGGUACUUCAAGCCCGUUUUGCAAUCGUGUGUGGACCAGUACGCUUUUGGGAUGAAGAAACACUUGCAGAUAUUAUGAAAGCGUGCAUAAUAAUGCAUAACAUGGUCAUUGAGGAUGAAGGAGAUAUUGGUAACAAUGACUUUGAUAGAAGUAAUGCAAAUCCACCUGUAGAAGUAUCGCAUGCCUAUACACCAGAAUUGGAAGACUUCAUGCAAACCCAUUAUCAGAUUAGGGACAGUGUAACUCAUUCUCAACUACAAUCAGAUCUUAUCAAGCAUUUGUGGGAAUGCCAUGGCGAAGAAUAA